AUGUCUUCUCUCCGCAACGCCGUCCAGCGACGGCAGCACCGCGAGCGGGCACAACCCACCGCCCGCGAAAAAUGGGGCCUCCUAGAAAAGCACAAGGACUACUCUCUCCGCGCCGCCGACUACAACCUCAAAAAGGCCAAGCUCCAACGCCUGCGCGAAAAGGCCCGUGACCGCAACCCCGAUGAAUUCGCCUUUGGGAUGAUGUCCACGGGGUCUCGGGCCCAGGGACAUCAUGGCGCACGGGAUGGUGCGCAGAAUUCGUUGAGUAUGGAGACGGUCAAGCUGCUGAAGACGCAGGAUGCGGGAUACUUGCGGGUGGUCGGAGAAAAGGUGCGGAGGCAGAUGGAGCAGGUGGAGCAAGAGAUUCGGCUACAGGAUGGGUUGAAAGGUGCUCUGAGCAAAAACAAAGUCCGUGGGAGUCUGGCUGACCAUGGGGACGAGGACGAGGACGAAGAGCUCGGGGGGAUAAGAAAGGUCGGAAGUAAAGUUGUUUUCGUAGAGUCAGUGGAGGACCAAAAGGAUGUUGUCGACGGAAUCAGCGCGGGAGAUGAAGAUAACAACAGAAACGAGACUCUGGGCCGGGACCGGUCGUCUGCGCAGCGCAAAUCCAAAAAACAGCUAGAAACAGAAGCACGGAUGCGACGAGAGGUUCAAGCUGCGAAGAAACAAAAGAAGAGAGCCGCUGAAUCGAGGCUAAAAAGGCUCGAUGCGUUGAAAAAGCAGUAUCGGGACAUUGUCUCUGCUGAACAGGAACUGGAUCUACAACGGGGGAAGAUGGAAAACUCCGUCGGUGGUGUGAACAAAUAUGGCGUCAAAUGGAAGGUCAGGGAGCGCAAACGAUAA